UGUUUCUUCAUAUACACUAUUUUAACAUGCAUUGUCGGAUUGAAGUUUAAAUUUCAUGUAUACACAUUGAAUUUUCGAAGUGGUUUGAAUAUGUGUAUAUCAAUUUAUACGGAAGUAAUGAAAGUAACAUUAGUUAAAUGGAUGUCAGGACCAAACAGACAUCUGAACAGCAGUCCGAUCAAAACGUUAAAUGCAAAUUUAUUCCAAGGUUUGACUGCUCUUCAAGACUUGAACUUGAAUAGAAAACUGACCACCAUGAUCGUUGCUAACUUGUUCCAAUGGUCGACGGCUCUUGUAAUCUUGAACUUGAACAGAAAACUGAUCACCGUUAUCGUUGCGAACUUAUUCAGAUGUUGGGCGGCUCUUGGAAUCUUGAUCUCCAAGGGCAAUCGAAUUACAACGCUAGAUGGGAAUUUAUUUCAAGGCUUGACUGCUCUUCAACACUUGUAAGAAACACCGAUUUGAUGGUAAAGAUGUCACUUAAACCAAUGGAAAUAAUACCUAAAGCUGAUUGCGGUGCAUUCUAAGGAACAAAUGUACAACAGUUCCAAGUAACAUGUACUAAACAUUAGUCCACGUUUUAACUUCCAUUGUAAAUAUUUAUGUAUAAUAUUGAGUGAAUAAAACUGAAUGUUUCAGAAAUAAAAUGUACUGUUUAGUUGA